GGCCUAUCGCAGUUCCCGCCGUACGAGCCUGGCUGGGUGGAUUGGGUUUGUCCCUUGCAGUUCCACGGCAUUUCCUCUCAGCUGGUAUUCGCAACAAAAGCCAAAGCUUAUUUGAAACGGCUGAAAUUGCGAUGGCCAUGAGGAUUGAGGAGCGUUGGGGGCGGUCGCUUACGAAGAAACCAUCUUCGCGAACAGGGCGAUCACGUCGAGUCUCUUUGCUUUUCUUGACGACUUGGAGAACAGCCUCUCAGCGCCAGAAUUACGUACUUCAUGACUCGUUCCGUACGAGUAAGGCGUGCCUAAGCCCGAGGCUGCCUCGCAUCUCCUCACAUGCGAUCCCCGCGUUUGCCAAGCUGCCAUCUGCUGUUGAGGAAGAUAGCGUCUUGCAAAUGUCCGCUAGGUUUCCACCAGUACUAAUGGAGAUUAACGCCCUCUCGCCGUCGGCCAAUAAUGAGGCCUGGGAUUAUUGGUCCAGGGCGACGUCGGACCCCGGAAGGGCGGAUUCAGCAGACUGCACCAGAUUGUCGCCAGUGAUUAAUGGAAAUCAUUCUAUCUUCGUCUAUUAGCUUCUUGCGGGCGAUCCUCGGAGCAUUUUCUGGUUAUCAAUCUCAUUCUGAAUCAGAUUCUGCAUCCGGACUGAGUUGGAAGACUCGGACGCUGACCGAUCUGGCCGACGAACUCGAGUGCUAGGCACAAGACUACCGUGCUUCCGACAUGGUUACGAAUCAUCCCACAUGUCAGGGCCUCCCAGGUGAAUGUUCCUGUCUAGCCUAUCCAGCAGCUCU